GGUGGUAGUUCAUCGGCCAGAAGUCAUCGUGUGAUUGGUGUAAUAAAUAGACUGAAGAAAACAUGUCUACGGCUGGACCGGAAGUAGUCGCCGGAUCCGUAGCGGCCGCCGCGGCCACCGGAUUUUCGGCCACUACCGUCUUCUUAUCCCUUCUACUACCUGCUCUCGUACUCUACUACAUCUACUUCCGUAUCUCUAGGCGUCACAUGCUCGAAUUGGCCGAGAAACUGCCCGGCCCGCCAGGUUUACCUGUUGUUGGAAACGCUCUCGAAUUCCUUGGCAGUUCCGACGCCAUCUUCCAGAACAUCUACCAGAAAUCAUUCGAGUACAACGAAGUGAUCAAGCUAUGGAUCGGCCCUAAGCUAGUCGUAUUCUUGGUCGACCCACGCGACGUCGAAGUGAUCCUCUCCAGUCACGUGUACAUCGACAAAUCCGCCGAGUACAGGUUCUUCAAACCCUGGCUUGGAAACGGUCUGCUCAUCUCCACCGGUCAGAAAUGGCGCGCUCACCGCAAGCUGAUCGCCCCGACCUUCCACUUGAACGUACUGAAGAGCUUCAUCGAUCUGUUCAACGCCAACUCCCGUGCUGUCGUCGAGAAGAUGCGAGAGGAGGGCAACAAAGAAUUCGACUGCCACAAUUACAUGUCCGAACUGACCGUUGAGAUCCUCCUGGAAACCGCGAUGGGUGUCUCAAAGGCCACCCAAGGUCGCAGCGGCUUCGAAUACGCCAUGGCCGUGAUGAAGAUGUGCGACAUUCUCCACCUCCGUCACACGAAAGUCUGGCUCAGGCCUGACUGGCUGUUCAACCUGUCGAAAUACGGCAAGGACCAGAUCAAGCUGCUCGAAGUCAUCCACGGAUUGACCAAGAAGGUUAUCCAACGCAAGAAGGAGGAAUACAAGAGCGGAAAGCGAAACAUCAUUGACACCAGCGCGCAGAAGGCUGAUGCCAAGUCCACCACCGUCAUAGAGGGUGUCUCGUUCGGUCAGUCGGCCGGUUUGAAGGACGAUCUCGACGUCGACGACGAUGUCGGUGAGAAGAAGAGGCUGGCCUUCCUCGACCUCCUGAUCGAAGCCGGGCAAGACGGUGUGGUACUUAACGACCGAGAAGUCAAGGAACAAGUGGACACCAUCAUGUUUGAGGGACACGACACGACCGCUUCCGGGUCCAGUUUCUUCCUCUCGAUGAUGGGUUGCCACCCAGACAUCCAAGAGAAAGUGAUCCAGGAACUGGAUGAAAUCUUCGGUGACAGCGACCGACCCGCCACCUUCCAGGACACCCUACAGAUGAAAUACCUCGAGCGUUGCCUCUUGGAAACGCUGCGCAUGUACCCGCCUGUACCAAUCAUCGCGCGUGAAAUCAAGUCAGACCUGAAACUAGCAACCGGAGAUUACACAAUCCCAGCCGGCUGCACGGUCGUGAUCGCCACGUUCAAGAUGCACCGACAACCGCACAUCUACCCGAACCCAGAUGUAUUCAAUCCCGACAACUUCUUGCCCGAGAACACCGCGAACCGUCACUACUACGCGUUCGUCCCGUUCUCGGCCGGUCCACGAUCCUGCGUCGGCCGAAAAUACGCCAUGCUCAAACUGAAGAUCGUUCUGUCGACGAUCCUGCGAAACUUCCGCGUCAAGUCGGACAUCAAGGAGCCCGAUUUCAGGCUGCAGGCCGAUAUUAUCCUGAAGAGGGCCGAAGGCUUCAAGAUCAGGCUUGAGCCGAGGAAGCAGGUCGCCGCGACCGCUUAACAAUUGUAGAGAAAUUUUGUAUAAACAAAUUAUUAUCGCAUGAAUGAAACACGGAUAGGUGGGUUCACAGAACGCGCGAGCACGCGCGUACGUGCGAGCCGUUUGCCAUUAGCGCGCAUACGCGGCUCGGGCGCACGCGCGGAUAGAAUUCCCUCGCGUCAUACGAUUGUAUGGAAAUGUUUGUAAGUAUCUUACCGACGGUUGUAUAACGCUUGUAGGUAUAUUUUUCUUAAGUUGAUAUUUAUCUCGUGCAAUAAAUUAUGCAAGCUUUCAGCUGCGAAAUCUGAAUUGUA